AUGCCCCAGCGGGCUCCCCAUCGCACAUCUGACAAUGAAUAUGACUCGUUGGAUUAUGGUGAAUCGGACUCUGGGUCUGCAGCAGGAGGUCCACGGAUCUCAUUGACCAGCCGUCAGUCAUCAGUCUCCAACACGCGACAAAGGCCACAACAGCAUGGGGAUAUGGAGAUCAUUCGGCGCUUACAACUCGAAAACCAAAUGCUAAAGAACGAUAAUUGUACUUUGGGCGAGAAGAAUAAGACAUUAUCAUCCAAUCAACGUCGAUGUUCAAACACCCAUGUUCCGGAUGAGCUAAAGGCUUUUGAUGCUGAGCUUGCCACUUUUUCCCGCAAGUAUGGCAUUGUUGUGGAGAUGUUUCCACCCAUGCACCAUGUUCUCAAACUACCUGUGCCAAAUCCUCCACCCACCAUCCUAUCUGGGAGCCGCUAUGCAAGCAAGAGUGCAGAAGAACUCUGUCUCAUAACAGAACUAUACUCGCUUCUCCCAGGUCAUCUCCAUCGCUUUGUACCAACUACUCAUUUCCAGUCUUUGCUGGAACACCAUCUUCAAGGCGGUCGCUCCAGUGAGAUUGGCAAGUUGCGAGUGAUGGCAGGGCAAAUACAGAAGAUGCUUGGUCACUCUCCGUCAUCAAAGUUUCCAUCUAUCCUUUUUAUGAGACAAGAAAUGGACCCCACGAUGUCCACAGUUUUUGGUAACUGGGAACCGCUCGCAAAGGCGAUUAGAAUUGUGAUGUUCGGAAAAAAUUCACUCGACAUUAUUGGGUGGCCACGCGCCAAGUGUAACGCUCGAAAAUGGGGCACAACGUCAUGUACUCCUGGUCUUCUUGCCUGGGGUUGGGUCGCCUUGAUCUUCAUUCUGUCCACAGAUACCUCAUUCACCAAAGAUGGAGUUGGCGUGAAAUCUCAACUACCGUAUGCGGCCAUGUUCACAGCCUACAAGCAACUGUGGGUGACACUUUGGGACGAACCUCGUAUUAUCUCAAUCCGGCAAAAAAUCGAUAGCCACGUCUGGCAAUCGUCAUCGACCACCAAUGUCGCGACUUCUGAUGCUGAAGGCGAAGAUUUUACAUCUGAUUUAAUGUGCUUGGCCCUCGCCAAUGCAGGCCGCAAAGAUUCAGAUGUUCUGACUACCAAUGACGAUUUUGCACCUCCCAUAACCCACAGUUCACCAACAAUGUUUCUGGCUGGACCAGCUGUCCCUCCCACUGUACGAGCACCCCUUCCCACCGCACCAGCACCCCUUCCCACCUCACCAGUACCCCUUCCCGCUGCACCAGCACCCCUUCCUGCCGCACCAGCUGAAACCAUCAUCACCCUGGUUUCUGCUGUGACUUCUACAACACUCAGACUCCUACCUGCUGUCACGCCUGCAGUCACUGUCACCAUGGCCACCGAAUUCCCACCCAUUGUGCCUGCCGCUGUUGCCAUCCCCGCCUCUCAUCUAGGCAUCACUGCAGUUCCCAGCAUACCCAGCAACGGGGAGGCUCUGCCACAAGCCAUAGCUUCUCAAUCAUCCUCUGGUCGACGAGGCCGAGGAAAGAAGGCUGGGGUACUCACACCUAUAUCAUCAUCAGUGGAUCCAGAUGCAUUGACAGAAGGGCAGCAACAUGGCCGAUGGGCAACAAGGAGUCGCAAACAGAAGUAG